UGAUGUAUUGAUUGAUUGAUUGAUUGAUUUUACUGUCGAUUAUCUCUCUGCUUGAAAUUCUGGCCAAGCCUCAACCUCGUUCCCAGGGCUGGAAGACGAGAGACCCUGGGAACGAGGCUGACCACCCCUGCCCCGAGCCUCGCUAUAAAGUAGUUCAGGACAGUAUAGGAAUGCAUACUUGACGUGCAUACUAAGCAACCACGAAAAAGAUGGAGGAACUAAACGGUAAGUGAUGGUCUUUUUGUUUCAGUAAGGCGGAAGAUAAAAAAAAAGAAUAAGAAAGACCGACAUGUGAAGAACCAGUGAAGAUUUGGAUCAAUCGAAGCGAAGAGUGUCUUCAGGAAUCAGAUGAAUCAUCAAUUUUUUGCACAACACCGAGAUUUCUCAGUUCAUUAGCCAUAUGAGGACAUCGUGGUUUCUCUUCCUGUUGGUAGUGUUUUCAUCUUCGUUGGGGACUGUUGAUGGGUCCUUAUCAAGCGUUUUGGAUCUUAAACUUCAGCCAGAAAGACUAAACAAUGUUUACUAUGCACUGAGAGGCUCUACAUUUGUUUUAAACUGUACCAUUGUACUGGGUAAUGUGCAGGCCUUAAAUUUAACAUGGCAACACAAUGGGAAAUGGUUAGAUCAUGAAGUAGAACAAGUUGACGGUGCAACGGUGCAGUUGAAACUGUCUAACACAAGCAGAAUUAACAAUGGAUUGUAUUGGUGUGGUCCAAAACUUGGUAAUACAUCGCGAGGAGUUUACAUAUCUCUUACAGUGGCAGAUCCCCCGAGUCGUCCACGUAAUUUGAGAUAUAGUGUGGUUGGUACCUUUGACCCUGACAGAGAGUAUCGUGUAUUUUGGUCGGCAUCAAGUUUUACCGGAGGUCUGCCAGUCAAUUACUCAAUUAAGUUGUGUCUGAAUGACUCCACUGAAAAUAAAAGCAGCUGCAAAUGGAAAUUCACUGACCCAGAUUGCAGACCUGCAAAUGUUCUAAGGACAGAUAAAGAUUUCCGCUGUGUGUUACAAAAGCCUGGAGAUUUUGUUUCUCCAUGUCGGAAAGCCUGUAACUAUACAAUAUCUGUAGUUGCUGAAAAUGCUGUUGGAAGUGCGACAAGCUGGCAAUAUCUGCCCUUUGUUAAUAGUUUCUCAGCUACCCCUUGGCCUCCAUCAAAUUUCACAGUUGUUACUACUGAUAAGCAGAAGGAGUUACGGGUUAGCUGGAGACCAAAGCUUGCAUGGAGGUUCACAGAGACAGAAUAUACCAUUCUGUAUCAUGCAAAAAAUGACAUGGAAAAUGAGACCAAGGUUGUCCGAAACAAAACAAGAUUUACUUUGCUGACAAGUUUGGAGGUAUUCAUGGAAUAUUAUGUGUACUUGACGGUCAGAUUUCUCAGUGGAGGAGGAAAGUCUAAGAGUGCUCCAAGCGAAGUGCAAGGACCACGCAUUGUGAAAACACCAGCUGGGGAACCAGAUACUCCAUCAAAGGUGAUAAGACACUGGUCAGUGAUCUUACCUGGUAAUCCUGCACUGAGGAAUGUUACAGUGGAGUGGAAGUUGACAGACAAUGCUUCCUGGCGUGGCACUCCUGGUGAAUAUGUUGUUCUCUGCAAUCACUAUCUUCAUACGCUGGGUUCUCUUCUGAACUGUGAAUAUCAUGUAAAUGCAACAACAAACACUGCAGUUUUACAAAGACUCGACUCUGCCAAAAGUUACCUUGUCUACAUCAAGAUGUGUAAUGAAGAAAAAAUGUGUGGUCCAGAUAGCGAGCCAUACAUAAUAAAGGAGCUUCAAGGUGGGUUAACAAUGUAUGUGUGUGUGGGUGGGUGGCGGAGUCUUAUUGACAGACAAUGCUUCCUGGCGUGGCACUCCUGGUGA